AUGAAAGCAGCUCUGUGGUCGGCCGGCAAACCGGUGGCAAUCGCAUUCGCGUCGCUGGCUGCAAUGUCAGGCAAAGCGCUCAUGACGGCCAUGUGUGGAGGUGGCGGCGGUGGUGGUGGAGGUGAUGGUUAUACGGGAAGACGUCACCAAGCCGGCCAUAUACGAUCACGAACACCUGGUUCACGGAGCUUCGUACUCAUCGGCACCUCACCAUGGACGAGAACGGCGGAACGCAUCACCCGAUCGGACGCGGCUCGCCGCAGCCUCAGCGCGUCAGCGUCGUGCACGCGGCGCCGCGCCGACCGCUCCGGUCACCGACCCGGGCCAACAGCCGGCGAAGAGGAAGCGGACGACGAGGCCAGCGUCGGCCGUCUGUCAUUAUAA